AUGAAGCUUUUGACCACAAAGUCGCAUGCUGACAUCGCUGGAAAGGCGCUUGCCAACGCGAGAGGCCUGGGUUCCGGUGUGGAUGCGAAAGAACUGGAGGAAAAACUUAAAAAUCUGCUCUCUAGUUCAGACAUUCGCCAUAGCUCUUCUCCGUCCGAAAGCGGGCCAUCGAGUCCUGACUCUCAGAUUGAAGCCAUCAGAGCGGAACGCCGCGCAGAUAACUUGCGGGAUUAUGGCUACCUAACCGAGAGGGGCGGAAGGCCCGCCUUUCCACUAGAGGUGGCCCAAGCAAAUAUUAAUAUUAAUCACUUCGGAGAACAUGAGGUUAUGAUAGAAUACUGGGGACAGAGCUAUCUCGGCCAACGAAAUCGAUGGGUUGCUUUUCUAAACCACCAGAAACGAAGUCGGAGAACAAUGGAGAUUUUCACCGAGUAUCAACAGACUGUAUACGACUACCGGGAAAAGGAAGGGAUUGAGGGCAGUAUCCACUUAAAUUUCGAUGAGAAAAAACAGUCCAAAAUAGACACCUGGAAGGAGUACCAUUAUCAUCAACACAAAGUAGUUCCCCACAAGAGGGAGAAAGCUGAGGCUGGACGCAAGAGGAGAGAGCAAAGGAUAAUAGAUUGGGAGGCUGGUAAGCGUGACCCUACAAUACCCGAGGAUAUGGGCUGGAUCCACCAUGUGCCAACACUAGAUGAAUCUCGACUGGAUAAAUACAUGAGUUGGAUUCGAUGGAUAGAAGCCGAGCUUCGCCAAAUUGAGCAAGAAUGUGCAGAGCCUGCCAAUAACGGCAUUGACAAUGCAUCCCAUCUUACUGGAAAGGGAGAUGAAAGGAUGGAAUCUUCGUCAUUGCGAUCAUCACAUGCCGAAACAGCGCCUCCAAGUGCAGAGAAGUUCUUGAGGAAGAGUGAACGCUCAGUUGGUGGUCUGGAGAAAUCCCCAGCUGCUAUUGGAGUUAUCGGUUCACCACUAGUCUCGUCACGCAGGGUGGUAAAUCCAGAUGUUGCUGCUAAACAUCCUAGCCAGGAAGAUUUGAGAACAACCUCUUUGGCACCACCAGAUCAAAGCGGAAAGAGUAUAGGACAAGCUAGAGAAAAAAUUGGAUCCAGUUCAACACGAAAGAUACGUUCUAGGUCCUUGGCUGAGACUGGUUCAUUGCGCAGGAGUCAACGAAUUAUUGACAUGGAAUCAAAAAAGGCCCAGCAACAAGUAACGCUGGAAACAACAAAGUUGGGCCUGAUGGCACCCACCCAAACGGAAUCAAGGACUCAGUCUAAGAAAAAGAAGUCUAAACCAGCUCAUCCACACAGUCGACCCGAAGGAGUCACAAAGCCUCAGGCAUCUAGGAAAGGGAAGCUGAAGCUGAGUCGAACCGUGAAACACGACGCCAUAGCCACGGCAUUAAGAGAUGUUGAGCAACAAGCAACGCAGAAAACAUCAAAGGCAAGCACCACAGCACCCAAGGCUGACACCCGAAGGGAACGAAGGACUCAGCCUAAGAAGAGCAACUCUAAGCCCUCUUCACAGAGCCGACCUCAGGGGAUCAUAAAGUCUCAGGCUCGUAGCAAAGGCAAAGGAAGAAGGCCACCCCGAGCCGCAAAAAUAAACGCUUUAGCGAGGGAAGUUGUUCUCUAGUCCACACGUGAGUGGAUUUGCAUGCAUCGUCUAGAUAACCGAAGCGUGUAUAGCUUGCGUGCGAGGCCUCCUCCAUAUGAGCUUUGCCACUGCUCGAUUACUCUGCGAAGGGUAUUUCCUCAAGACUGUCCGCAGAAGUACUAGACGCAUUUAUUAUAGCGUGGGACUUGAGACUACAGAGGGUACCAACCCUACCCCGUCGCCAGAUUCAAUCAUUCUGGUGAGUUUUAUCGAAAUCUCGCACCAUCCACUCUCUCUUCUGAUGCCAUGCGAUUGGGGGGGAGCAGGCGCCGUUGAUGGAUGAGCUGGCUGGCAGGAGGGAGAGAAGUGGGCGAAGCGUUAGGCACUGCACCGCCGCAUGCGGCCUCCUUGCAUCCUUUUCCAGUUCGUUCCAGUCGAGAAUAAAUUUAAUCUUGACACAUACCUAGUCAGGACCUGUUCUUAGAUAGACAUUCAUCUAGCUGGUCUAGUUUUAAGAGUUAAAACCAUUGAAUUAAAAUAAAA